AUAUUAUUUAUUAGCACUUAUGACCGCAGAGAGUUAAACCAGAGGAAACUAUCAUUUGCACUGACUAACCCUUUUCCAUGGAUUGAUCCCCACAACUCUCUCUCUCUCUCUCUCUCUCUCUCUCUCAUAUGGCCAUGAGGAGAUCAUGAAAGGGCUCUUUUCUUCUCAAAAAUGAUAGAAGUUCUUUUCUGAUAUGGUCCUAUAUGGGACACCACUAAAGGUACAAAAAAAACCAACCAAACUUAUACAUGACACUGUCUGCAUAUCUUAGUUUUGAAGGGUUUCUGCCAUGUCUGGCGCUCUCAUUAGGUUCCCUCAUGCGACUAUGUCUUUUUUCCAUCUUGUGUUUUUCUCCUGGGUCCUCGUGUCAAGGAGUUACUUUUUGAUUAUUUGUUCUGCUUCUUGUUUAAAUAACUAUUUACAACAUAGCAAUCUACAAUUCGAGCAGAAAACCGAUCGCUUCUGGGAGUUCCAAGAGCAAUCUAAUACCUGGGUUGAAGUGGAACUGCCUUAUGACCUAGUCUCUUGUGUUAAUGAUAACUGUACCAAAGUGGGUUCAAUUGAUCAAAUAACAGAAAAUAAAGAAGAUCACUUUGAACGGGAUAAUGAUGUUUCCAGGCAUACUGGAAGCUUUAAACAUAAGGAUAGUGAUAGAGGGGGAGCAGAGCAGAAUUCUGAGAUUGUUCUGCCUCAGAGAAAGAGAAUUUCUUUGACAAGAAUGUCUGACACUUCUAUAUGGAUUACUGGUGAAAGCGGGUCUAUCUAUGAGAGAUUCUGGAAUGGUGUACAGUGGGUGAUAGCACCCCAUGACCUGCCGGUAUCGGCAGGUUAUGCAAUUUGUGUCUUUAUUGUCAAUCAGACAAUUCUUGCUCUAUCAGAAGCAGGAAUUCUAUAUCAGAUGCAACUCAGUGAGAGCUCACAGCCAAUUUGGGUUGCAUUCACGCCAACUCUUGAUUCAAGCACAAAUAAAGAAGCAGAAGAAAGCUCUGGGAUCCUAAUUAAUUCUGGUGUUGUUUUGCAUGAUGGGGUGAGAAUUUAUUUCUGCACAAAGAAAGGAUCAUUAUUAGAACUGACUGAGGUUAAUCCUCCAAGAUGGUUAGAUCAUGGGCGACCACCAGGCGGAAAUGUUGCAGCAAUUGCUGAUGCUGGUACUAUUAGACCAGAAGUAGCAUAUACCAUAAGCUCAACAGGUGAUCUCUAUGAAUAUGACAAGAGCUCAAAGCCAUCAUGGAAGAAGCAUAUAUGGACAGCAGGAAUGGCAGAAGAUGUUUUACAGAUACCAUCAACGGGAUACACCAUUAAUGGCUUGAGUGGAGAUUACUCCAGUUCCCUGUUUCUUUUGACCAAGGGUGGGAAAUUGGUAGAGAGACGAUUACAUCAGAGGAAGUGGAAAUGGAUUAUCCAUGGAAGUCCGAAAGAUUGUCAACUGACUUCCAUCACACCAGUUCUGCAGGAUGAAUCAAAUGAAAAUUUUUCGUUAUUUUUCACUACAUCCACUGGAUCCAUUUUUGAAUAUCGAACACCAAAAUACUCGGGUACUGCUUUAGAGAACCAAAUUCCUGAAGCAUGGUUGAGUCACAUGCAUCCCCCACACGCAAAAGCUGCUAAAGGAAUUACUGGGCUACAACUUCAAAUUGGCAGAAUAAUAUUCACACUGGAUGAUGGUAGACUAGCUGAGUUGCAUCUACCAGGACUAGGUGGGGAAACUACAGGUCCAAAUUAUCAAAUUAAUGUCCGAAGAAAAGUAUCACAUAAAUAUGUGUGGUCAAUAUUAGAUGCACCAGAGACAGAAGGAUGGAAUGCGGAGUAUUGCAAACAAGAACGAGGACCCACAAAUUGCAUCACAGGCAUAAAAGAUGAACCUAAUGAUUCCGGAAUUACAAGAGCAGCUACAAGAAGGCGAAAGGGAAGCCAAGCACAGCAAGAUUACUUACUUGCAGGUGCUAGUGAACUAAUCAACUCUUCAGAAGGAUAUAAUUUUCCAGACAAUUGGAUAAACACCAACUUUCGUUUACGAGUGAUGCAUGGAAGCAGAUCAUUUUUCCUCAUAACAGAUGGUGGUUUGACUUUUGAAUAUCUUAGUACUGAAAAUAUAUGGCUUUGGCUGAGGCAUGAUCACUCAACACCGAUGAAAGGUGCACUGGGAAACUACAACGGAAGUUUGUUUUUUGUUGACAUAUAUGGUAGUUUGCUUAUCAGAGAAAGGAGUGGCAAUGAUCUUGGAUGGUUAAACUGCACUGCUAUGAGGAAAGGAAAGCAAGUGACUGGAGGACCUCCAUGGGAUGGAAUUCCAGGUAAAGCUAUGAAAGUUACAGCAGAAGAUGCACUCUUCUUUGUGAGCAAAAAUGGAAGAUUACUACAGUUUACAGUUGCCCUGAGGAAGUUUAUAUGGAAAGACUGCCGAAAUCCUCCAAAUACCAAAGUAGCAAGCAUAGUAGACCAGGAGCUUUUCAGGGGAAACAUAGUAUUUGUCGUUGGAAGGAAUGGUCGGCUGUAUCAAUACAACAAAGUGACAGAAUUGUGGCAUAAGCAUUACCAGUCUCCCCAUUUGAUUCUAUCAAGAUUUCCAGGAACAGCUAUGAGGUCAUCAUCUCUAUCACUUACAGGGUCGCUAUUUAUGCUUUCUGAAGAUGGUGGACUAGUUGAAUAUCAUUGGAAUACGGGUGAAGGCUGGAAAUGGGUUGAGCAUGGCACGCCUAAUAAAGGUGUGACCCUGAUCACGUCUCCUAGCCCAUGCUUUGAAGGCAAUCUACUUUUUCUGAUUGGUUCAGACGGUAAAGUAUACAUGAGGUACAUGGACCAAAUGACAUGGAGUUGGAAAAACUGUGGCUUCCCAUGUAUAAGACAGAUAAAGAAUGAAGAUCGAACACAAGUAGGGGCAGAAGAUAAGAAUGAAGAAUUUUGUAUUGAUAAAGAUAUUUCAGCUAGCUUGGAGAAGGAUGCAGAAAACUUUAUUGAUCUCAACGGAAACUGCGACCUAAAGGUGGCAUCAACAAGACCAAUUCCAUUUUCGGAGGAUUCAGUAAUCUUUGAGCUAAGAGAUGGCAGAUUGGCAGAAAUGCGACGAGUUGAGGAAACACAUUGGGCAUGGUCACGCAUUAUUGGCACUCCAGGCAGCUCCUGCAUGACCAAUUAUUGGACCACAGUGGCAUCAUGAAGGGAGGGGAAAACGAUACGACAUUACAAAUGAACUUAUCAGAGCAACAAACACGUGCAAAUAUUGUACAGCUAACAAAGGAGAGACGGCAAGAUUCAUAACUCCGUUUUUUUUUUUUUUUUUUUGCUGCUUUCCUGUGUUUUUUUUUUUUUUUUGCUGCUUUCCUGUGGGAGGAGGUGGGAAUUGAGGAAUGAAACAUUCAAGAAAAGAGAAGCUAGUAGGCAUACAGAUUGUACAGUGAAAUAAUGCUACGGAGAAGAGAAUCUCUGUGAAAAAGCCCCAACCUUUCAGCUGAGGACAUGUAGAAACAUUUCAUAAAUCAAUGAAGAAGAAACUGAAUACGUCGAACGUUCAUUCUAUGAA